AGAGAAUUUCUCAUUGAAGCUGUAUCUUUCCUACCCACAUGCCUUUUUCUUCAAUUUUCCCCACAAAACUUAUAUCAACAAUCUUACCCUAAUCCCCUUUUCAACUCCAACCAAAUCUUGAAUUUUUAUUAAAUAUUUAGGGUUUUAAUCACAUACCUAGUUCACAUCUCACCUUCAAACACCAAAAAGCUUCCAAAUUUAUCAUCUUUAUGAGGGGUUUUUCUUUCUUGAAAUUUUAGGGCAAUUUCAAGAAACUUCUUUUUCUUUCUGAAUUUUGAAUAUUUAGGGUUUUAAUCACAUACCCAUUUUACAUCUCACCUUCAAACAGCCAAAAGGUACCAAAUUUAUCAUCUUUAUGAGGGAUUUUUCUUGCUUUGGUGAAAAUGGUGUUCAAAUUGCUGAUGCUGCUUCUUCAUCAAGUGGUUCUGUUACUACAUCCAGUGGUAAAUUUGGUCAAAAUCUUGUUACUUGUGUUUACCAGUGUAGAUUGCGUAAUUUCUCUUGCUUCAUUGUCACUCUUACUUGGACUAAAAGCUUAAUGGGUCAGGGUCUUUCUGUUCAAAUUGAUGAUUCCACUAAUCAUUGUUUAUGUAAACUUGAGAUUAAACCAGGGGUCUUUGUUAAAAGAAGAGGGUUCAAGAAUCUUGAAGUGGGUUCUAAGUUUAUUGAUGUUUACUGGGAUUUAGCCUCUGCGAAAUUCGGGUUUUCGCCCGAACCCGUUGAGGGGUUCUAUCUUGCCAUUGUUGUGAAUAAAGAUUUGAUCUUGAUGUUAGGGGAUAUGGAGAAAGAAGUUAAGAACAAGAUAGAUGUAUCUAGUUUUACGCCGAAUUUCGUUUUCGUGUCGAAAAAAGAGCAUGUUUUCGGGAAGAAAGUUUACGCGACUAGAGCUCAGUUUUGCGGGAAAGGCGAGAUUCAUGAUAUUGUUAUUGAAUGUGAUCUUGCGUGUACGAAUGAUCCGUGUCUUUUGAUUCGGGUCGAUGGUAAAACGAUGAUGCAAGUGAAGCAUUUGAGAUGGAAGUUUAGGGGGAAUUAUACGAUUUUGGUUGAUGGAUUACCGGUUGAAGUGUAUUGGGAUGUGCAUAAUUGGCUAUUCGGGAAGCUAACCGGUGAAGCGAAUUUCUUGUUUCAAACAUGUUUAUCGGCUGAGAAAAUGUGGGCGAGUCAGUCAAACAUGGAUGCUUCUUGGUCAAACUCGUUUCGUAGAGAUCCACAAUCCCACGGCUUAGGGUUUUCUUUAGUUUUGUGUGCUUGGAAAAACGAAUAGAAGUAUGCUUUCGUUGAUACGUUUACCACAUUGUUAUGCAAGAUGUUAUUCAAAUACAUAUUUAUCUUGAUUUAAACUAUAAUCAAUGCAUUUUGUUUUAA